UGGAGGAAACCAGAGGCUGGGGUUCCAAAGAGCAGUAGGAAACCACCCAGAUCAAAACUUUCUUCGCCUCUCCAUUGAGAACUCCCUGCAAGCGUACAGGAAAUUCUCAAAGUGGUUUACGAAGAAGAAGAAGAAGAAGAAGAAGAAGAAGAAGAAGAAGAAGAAGAAGAAGAAGAAGAAGAAGAAGAAGAAGAAGAAGAAGAAGAAGAAGAAGAAGACAAGUUCCUGUCCCCAAAGGGCUCAUAAGAUAAAAAGAAACACAAGGGAGACAACUGCAACAGCCUGCAAAGGGCCACUGUGCCAGGGCUGAACAAAGACAGUUGACGCUUCACAUACAUUAUUUCAGCAAUCCUUACAACAACCUUAUCUGGCCAACCAGGGCAUGUUACCUCCAGGCUGAGUGUUAGAAAAAGAUCAAGAACGACACGCAGAGAGAGGCACUCAGAUGGCAGCUCAGAGCCAGGAGGACUAUGAAUCCAAUUUAAAGAGGAAUUUGGAUAGUGAAGCAUACGAAGACCCUACACUGAAAUAUUCCGAAAUGUCACUUGAAAGCCAAAACAGUAACUCUGACGAGAUCCUACCAAACGUGCCGGCUGCCCAUACACAACCCAACAUCCAGCAAGCAGCCCAUGAGGCAUAUGUGGAAUUUCAUGAACUGUUAAUGGACAAGAAUGAUGAGUUCCGCUGGGUCGAGGUCUCUCAUUGGAUCAGUCUGGAAGAUGGGCAUUGGGACAGGCCUCGCCUCUCACAUCUCACUUUCCAAAGCCUUUUGGAUGUACGCAAGGCUUUUGCCAAAGGAAUUGUUCUUCUAGACCUGCCAGAGAGCAGUCUACCUGAUAUUGCCAAUAAGGUGAUUGAUGAAAUGAUCAACAAACUGAAGCUCAAACCAGAGGACCGAGGGGAAGUCCUAAGAGCCCUCCUACUACAGCACAGUCACGCUGAUGAGUACACUGUACAAGACAGUUUUCAUCCUGCAGAACUGCAACAACCUGUUGCCAAAGGCAUCACACAACCACUUUUGCAAAAACAUAAACCAAUCGAGAUGAAGACUUUGCCCUCUGGCUCUGAACAGGAAGAGUCAAGGGGUGGCAAUUACAGGCAGCAACUUUUAGAGAAGGUCCCACCUGAUUCAGAAGCCACUUUGGUCCUGGUUGGCCGUGCCGCAUUCCUGACCUGCCCUACUCUGGCCUUUGUACGCUUGAAGGAGGCUGUGGAACUGAACUAUGUCCUGGAGGCCUCUGUGCCCAUGAGGUUCCUUGUUGUGGUGCUGGGCCCAGAGCUUCCGCAUGUCAACUACCAUGAGAUUGGGAAAGCCAUCUCAAUCAUGAUGUCUGAAAGGGUGUUCCGCAAUGACUCCUACUUGGCACAGAAUCGGGAAGACCUGGUAAAGAGCCUGGGAGAGUUCCUAGACUGUUGCAUUGUCCUCCCACCCUAUGAUACUGAAAAUGAAACACUUCUCAAGGAUUUGUUGGCAGUGCAGAAGGAGAUGUUACGGAAGAGGUACCUGCCAGCAGAGAAGGAGCAACAGAAAGAGGAAGAAGUGAAAGUAGAGGUUCGCAAACCAGACGACCAUGAUGACCCUUUAUGCAGGACCCGUAAGCCCUUUGGGGGGCUGGUGAGAGACAUAAAACGGCGGUACCCCAAAUAUCUCAGUGACAUCAAGGAUGCCUGCAAUCCCCAGGCUCUGGCUGCGGUCAUCUUCAUCUACUUUGCUGCCCUUUCUCCUGCCAUCACCUUUGGGGGCUUUCUGGCUGACAAGACCAACAGCACGAUGGGAAUAUCUGAACUUCUGCUCUCCACGGCAGUUCAGAGUAUGGUCUUCAGCUUACUUGGAGCACAGCCUCUGCUGGUGGUUGGCUUUUCUGGCCCCCUCUUGGUCUUUGAAGAAGCCUUUUAUAAGGUUUCUCAGAGUUUUGAUUUUGAGUACAUUGUGGGGAGAGUUUGGGUCGGCUUUUGGCUUAUAUUAUUGGUGGUGGUGGUGGUGGCUAGUGAGGGAAGUAUCCUGGUACGCUACAUCUCCCGCUACACCCAGGAGAUCUUCUCCUUCCUCAUCUCCCUCAUCUUCAUCUCCGGGACUUUCGAGAAACUUUUCAAGAUUUUUGAGAAUCAUCCUCUGCAGUCUUAUUAUAAUAAGAGCAGUUGCUCCCUAGCUGGAGAUACAGAGAGAGCUCAACCAAAUAUUGCGUUGCUUUCCCUCCUCCUCAUGAUGGGAACAUUUUUCCUCGCUUUCUUCUUGCGCAAGUUUAAGAACAGCAGCUUCUUUCCUGGCAAGCUCCGCCGUCUGAUUGGAGACUUUGGUGUCCCCAUUUCCAUCUUCCUCAUGACGUUGGCAGACUUCUUUAUUAAGGAUACCUGCACUCAGAAACUGAAUGUACCAGAUGGCUUUGUGGUCUCCAAUGAAGAAACCCGGGGUUGGUUCAUUCCUCCAUUGGGAAUCAAAAAAGAGUUCCCCAUCUGGAUGAUGUUUGCUGCAGUUUUACCAGCCCUCUUAGUCUUCAUCCUCAUCUUCUUGGAGACACAGAUCACCACGCUGCUUGUGAGCAAACCCGAGAGGAAGAUGGUGAAGGGUUCAGGCUUCCAUCUAGACCUGCUUCUAAUUGUUGGCUUGGGAGGCAUAGCAGCUCUUUUUGGCAUGCCCUGGCUCAGUGCCACCACAGUGAGGACCAUCACACAUGCAAAUGCCCUGACCGUGAUGUCUAAAACUACUGCCCCAGGGGGGAAGGCCCAAGUAGAGAAGGUCAUAGAGCAAAGGGUCACUGGCUUCCUGGUGGCAAUUCUUAUAGGCGUCUCCAUCCUCAUGAAACCCAUCUUGUCGUUGAUUCCACUUGCGGUGCUCCUUGGCAUCUUCCUUUACAUGGGGGUGACCUCCCUCUAUGGGAUCCAGCUGUACGACCGCAUCCUUCUUCUGCUGAAACCUCGCAAAUACUUCCCGAAUGACGUUUAUGCUCAGAAAGUAAUUCCUUGGCGCAUACACAUCUUCACCUUCACUCAGAUUGUGUGCCUGAGCUUGCUGUGGGGCGUGAAGUUGUCCCCUGGCUCCCUUGCCUUGCCUUUCCUCCUCAUCCUGACAGUGCCUCUGCGACGUUACCUGCUUCCGCGUUUCUUCAGUAACUUUGAGCUCAAAUGUUUGGAUGCUGAUGAUGUUAAUGUGACUUUUGAAGAGAAAGAAGGCCAGGAUGUGUACGAUGAAGUCCAGAUGCCUGUUUGAGCACCUGCUGUGCCAUAUCCUCCAGGGAGAUAAAGAACUAUGAGAUAAGGAACCUUCCUCAAAACACCGGACAAAGAUGGAAUCCGGAGGAAUAUUUGUCUGUGGCUGUGUGAAUUAAGAGUGUACAGCAGUUGUUGGUACAUUCCCCCUAGGUUUAAAUACAUGCAUAGUUAUCCACACAUGGAUUCCAUAGGAUUUAAAUAGCUACUUAAUAUAUACUUUAGAUUUUCCAAUCACCGUAGUUCUGUAGUGAAAUGUUAACAAGGAUUUAGAAAAUAUUUUUCCAGAAAAGGGUAGGGUGGGGUCAAAGCCAUGCAGGUACUGUAAGGAAAUGGGAAAGUUAUCUGCAAAUUCAAUUUUUAGUGUUAUCUGUAACUCCACCGCUUCUGUGUGUGUAUGUGUGUGUGCACGCGCGCAUGCGCAUGUGUGUAAAGCUUUAUCAGCUGGGCAUAAAGGGCUCCUCCAAUUUCCCCAAGAAAUGAGGUGUCACUGUCAGUCACCAGCACCAAUCCAUACCCAUGACAACCCAUGGUGUGUUCAGAAAGAAAUGCUGAAUAUCCAUCUUUUGUGCUAGUGCAAAUAGGGAGAGGUGCAAAUAGGGAGAGGCACUGACUAGAAUCAUUAGCCUGGUAAGAGGGAUGUUCUCUUUAGAAAUGCAGAUAUCACUCUUUAGGAAGCUCUCCUCCCACCCACCCCCGCCGCCCAUUGGCAAGAAGGAAAACCCGGAGCAUGCCAUGUGAACUUGUUUCAAAACAAAAUCCGAGAGCAGAGGGGAGGGGCUGCUUCUCUCAAUGCUGUGAGUGUUAUUCGAAGUGGCUUCACUCAAGCAAUCUAAUGCUACAUUGAAUCAAAUGCAUACCUGAAGCCAAGAAGAACCAAGAGAAUAGCAUGGUGUACCUUCUUUUACGGACAUAGGAAUUGCUGGGUCCAAAACACUUUGAACAAGCAAACAAGGCAUGGAAAAAGACAGAAGAAACAUCAUAUAGUGUUCAAAGUGCUGUCUAAGGAAAGGAGCAUCAUCCAAUCACCUCAGAACAGAAACCUGAUAUGGAAAUGGUAGAACCACUCAGUUUUGAAGAUCAAGGCUGCUUCUUGUGCAAGGAUGCUAUUGGAUUAACUAAAUCAGUUAUCUGCACCUGGGUUCAAGCAGUUGUGCUUUUUAAAAAAAAGUGCUUUGGUGAGUUCACUCCAGCUUUCUCACUGGGACUGAAACUAAGAAGAAAAGUAGCCUGGGGUCUUCAUCCAAAAUAUAUUUCUUGUCUUGUGCUUGCAUCUGUUGAUACUUUCAGUUGAUCAUUAAGUGGUGUGGAUCUUACUCUCUCCUCUCCCUAGGAGCAAGCUACUGCUUUCUGGCUGGGGGCUACUGAAGCCAGGAGAACCAGGGAAAUAACUAAACAGAAUCUGUUUUCCAAUGUGGGUUUGCAUCUUGAGGUUCUUAGCAUUCAAUUUAAUACAAAUUGUCUAGACAUCGUGGCGUAGGAAAAACGUGCAACUCUCUCCAACAUGUCCCUCCCAUUCUCUUUGCCUUCUCCUUCCUGCUGCUUGCUUGCCAACACAUUCCAAAGUGGAACACCUGUGUCAGAGAAGCAAAAGUAAGCAAAUGCAUGCAGACUUCACUUGAAUGAAUUCUUACUGAGGAAUGUGGACUUUACUUUUGUACAGUAUAUAGCUUUAACAAUAACUCUUAUAUGUACUGAAUGAAUAUGGUAACAGUUCUCCACAGAUUCCUCUGCUGUAGGGUUGCACUAAAAGUGCUGGAAGGAGGGAACUACAUUUAGCAACCAUGGCCUUACUAACCUUCAUUUGGCCCCUGCCUAUUACUACUACCACUGUGUCCACCACCCUAUCAAAUACUCAGUGCAAGGACUUGGGCAGUCUGGCUUCAUUCGCCUUCCUUUUCCUCCUCCCUCUUUGCUAAAAGAUAUGGAGUAAAAAUCUCCAUACAUUUUUGUACUGAACUCUGAACAUCACAACACUUCCCUCAAUUUCUGCUUAGAAGAUGACAGUAGUAGUGAAUCUGAAUAUAGGAACCAUGCUACUCUAUUUUUUAAAAUUGUACUAUUCCCUCUUAGGAUGUUUGAAAACACCUGUACAUUCUUCCAGAUAAAUGUGAAUCUGAUGCUUCUAGCAAUCAUUCCAGGUGCUAAAUAUUAGUGUUGGUGGUGACUUCCUAAAAAGAAAGAUACCACGGCCCAGACAUGCCUAGAAAUCACAACGUCUCACCUGGCAGCCCUACUUUCCAAUCCUAGGCAUAUAUAGGUUGCUAUAGUAAGCUUGUUCUAUAUAUAUUCAGAGGUGCUCUCCCCAUCAGUGUUACUUCACGAGUUAUUUCUCAUAAUGGUAAUGGCUGAUUAGCAUGAAUUUGAAUGGCAGUAGGACUGGGGGAAAUGUACAGUACUGAUGGUGCUAUAUAAAUAAUAAUGUCUUGAUGUAAAGCAUAAUUAGCAAAAGGAACUCAUGGCCACAAAAUGUGAUGAUGGAUACUAGCGUCAAUGAUUUUUUAAAUUUCUUAGGUACAUUAAGGAAUAAUACAUUUGCCAGCUGUCAUGUUAACCAUGGUAGCUAAAUGGAACCUCCAUCAUCUGAGGCGGUAUACCUCUUUUUUUACUAGAGUUGAUAACAAUGGGGGAGGGGCUUCUCUUUCAUGUCUCAUAUGUAAGCAUCCCAGAAGCAUUCACUUGGCUAUUGUUAAGGAACAAGAAGCUGAAAUAGUUAGACCCUUGAUCUGAUCCAACAUAGGCUGUUCUUGGUUUUCUGUUAAAGCCUCUGAUGAGGGGGAAAGAUCCACCAAACUUAUUCAAGCUUAAUGUCUAACCGAAAUUAUCUGAUUAAUUAGCUAAAGUAGGGGGAAAGAUCUUGGAACCAAAUCCUCACCCUGACAGAAUUCACCACCAUGACUCCAGUUUAAGUUGACUGAGAGUCAAUGUAUUCAUCUUCUAUUAAAUAAAAAGAUAAAGACAAACUUUAAGAGCUUAUGUAAUCUUCUCCUGUACUAACCUUGCUAUAAUUAGGGUUGCCAAUUUCAUGUAUGUUUGCAUGUGUGUGUGUGGCAGGACUCCUGUGCCUUUGACAUCUGAAUGAUAGGCAGAAACUCAACAGAUUAUAUUUUACCAGCAUGGAGUUACAGUGAAAGGAAAAGCAAGCAAACAAAAGUUGGUCAUUUAUUCAGGUGUUACAAUGCACAGGAACUUUCCCUGGAAUAAAGUUGUUCGCCUUAGUUGUAAGAGUUGUUGUACAGACAUGAAGUUAAUUACAAUGGACUUUUGUAAUUUAUUACAAUGCAUAUUUAAUAUUUUAAUUGAUUUGCUUUUGCUUUAUCAGACCAAAAAUGAAGGAGGCUUUGCAAAAGAGAUCAUGUGAUUGUGUGGCAUAUUUCCUAUUAUGUGAUUUUUAAAUAUGGUUGACUUAAGCCAAUAUUAUCACAAUUGUUUUCUUGAGUUGAACAACAAAAAGCAAUAAACCUUUUUUAAAAUAAAAUAAAAAUAAAACACAA